GAGAACGAGGAGCACCGGUCUUGUUUGUUUUAAUUGGAAGGAGAAUUUGAAUAAGGAAAAGCGAAAACAAAAGACAAGACAGAAAAAUGGGAACUGCUCCCGCCCAAAUUCCGACGAGCUUCGGCCACGAACUAAGGGCUUGCCUUCGUUGCCGCCUUGUCAAGACUUAUGAUCAGUUCAGAGAAUCGGGUUGUGAGAACUGCCCCUUCUUCAAGAUGGACGAAGAUCACGAGCGUGUCGUCGAUUGCACCACCCCUAAUUUCAAUGGUAUAAUAUCAGUGAUGGAUCCUACCAGAAGUUGGGCUGCUCGCUGGUUGAGAAUUGGCAAAUUUGCCCCUGGUUGUUACACUCUUGCCGUCUCAGAGGCUUUACCAGAGGACCUGCAGAACUUAUGCGAAGACGAGAGAGUUCAGUAUGUGCCGCCAAAACGCGUGUGAAUGGCUAAGCUAGUCAAGCAUUUUGAUAAUUGUGAUGUUUGAACAUAGUUACGGUGAGGUAGAAACAUUUUGUGGGAAGGAACUUGGUUGGUGACUGUUCAGUUGCUUAAAAUGUUACAGUGAAUCCCCAUUAGUAGGUUAAUCAUAGUAUCCUCGGUUUACAUUGUGCUUUUGAUAUGAAAAGUUCAGUUAGUUGUAGAGACAAAAUGCCUAGUAACUUUAAGAAUGCAUGCUUAUGUGUUUAAAUACUAAUAGCUAAGCUGUCUAUAUAUUCUCAACAGUUCAACCUAAAGGAAUGUGCAUAUGUGUAUUUCUUUUCUAUUGCA